AUAUAGCAACAUUUAGCAGCAAACCUUUGAAACAGCAACGAUAUGGGAAAAGUUACGCUUUACGGAAUCGAUGGCAGCCCACCAGUUCGAUCGGUGCUCCUCACCUUGAACGCCUUGGGACUGGACUUUGACUACAAGAUUGUCAACCUGCCGGCCAAGGAGCAACUGAAGCCGGAGUUCCUCAAGAUGAACCCGCUGCACACCGUGCCCACGCUGGAUGACAAUGGCUUCUAUCUGUACGACAGCCAUGCCAUCAACUCGUACCUGGUGAGCAAGUACGGCAAGGACGACUCCCUGUACCCCAAGGAUCUGCAGAAGCGAGCCAUUGUCGACCAGCGUCUGCACUACGAUUCCAGCGUGGUCACAUCCACCGGCAGAGCCAUCACUCACCCGCUCUUCUGGGAGAACAACUCCCAGAUCCCCCAGGCCAGGAUCGAUGCUCUGGAGGGUGUGUACAAGAACCUUAACUUGUUCCUGGAGAGCGGCGAUUAUCUGGCCGGUGAUAAUCUGACCAUUGCCGACUUCCAUGUCACUGCCGCCAUGACCGGCUUUGUGGUGUUCCUGCCCGUGGAUGCCAGCAAGUAUCCCAAGCUCGCUGCCUGGGUGCAGCGCAUCAAGGAGCUGCCCUACUACGAGAAGGCCAACGGUACUCCGGCAUCGCAGAUCAUUGACUUCAUCAAGAGCAAGAACUUCACCAUUGUCUAAGAGACAGCAGUAUAUAAAUAUACUCUUAGGGCUAUACUGAAAUAAAUAAAUUAUUGAA